CCUUAUAGCUGUGGUCAAUGUGGGAAGAGUUUUACUUGUUCAACCAGCCUGAUAUCACACCAGAGAACACACACAGGAGAGAAACCGUAUAGAUGUGAUCAAUGUGGGAAGAGUUUUGUUGCAUCUGGCCUUCUGAAGAUACACCAGAGAACACACACAGGAGAGAAACCGUAUAGCUGUGAUCAAUGUGGGAAGAGUUUUGUUACAUCUGGCCAGCUGACAUCACACCAGAGAAUACACACAGGAGAGAAACCUUAUAUCUGUGCUCAAUGUGGGAGGAGUUUUGGUCAAUCUGGCCAGCUGACAUCACACCAGAGAACACACACAGGAGAGAAACCUUAUAGCUGUGAUCAAUGUGGAAAGAGUUUUGGCCGAUCUGGCCAGCUGACAUCACACCAGAGAAUACACACAGGAGAGAAACCUUAUAUCUGUGCUCAAUGUGGGAGGAGUUUUGGUCAAUCUGGCCAGCUGACAUCACACCAGAGAAUACACACAGGAGAGAAACCUUAUAGCUGUGAUCAAUGUGGGAAGAGUUUUGGUCAUUCUAGGACUCUGACUCUACACCAGAGAAUACACACAGGAGAGAAACCUUAUAGCUGUGAUCAAUGUGGGAAGAGUUUUGGUCAAUCUGGCCAGCUGACAUCACACCAGAUAAUACACACAGGAGAGAAAUCUUAUAGCUGUGGUCAAUGUGGAAAGAGUUUUGGUCGAUCUGGCCAGCUGACAUCACACCAGAGAACACACACAGGAGAGAAACCUUAUAGCUGUGUUCAAUGUGGGAAGAGUUUUACUCGUUCAACCAGCCUGAUAUCACACCAGAGAACACACACAGGAGAGAAACCGUAUAGCUGUGAUCAAUGUGGGAAGAGUUUUGUUGCAUCUGGCCUUCUGAAGAUACACCAGAGAACACACACAGGAGAGAAACCGUAUAGCUGUGAUCAAUGUGGGAAGAGUUUUGUUGCAUCUGGCCUUCUGAAGAUACACCAGAGAACACACACAGGAGAGAAACCUUAUAGCUGUGCUCAAUGUGGGAGGAGUUUUGGUCAAUCUGGCCAGCUGACAUCACACCAGAGAAUACACACAGGAGAGAAACCUUAUAGCUGUGAUCAAUGUGGGAAGAGUUUUGGUCAUUCUAGGACUCUGACUCUACACCAGAGAAUACACACAGGAGAGAAACCUUAUAGCUGUGAUCAAUGUGGGAAGAGUUUUGGUCAAUCUGGCCAGCUGACAUCACACCAGAUAAUACACACAGGAGAGAAAUCUUAUAGCUGUGGUCAAUGUGGAAAGAGUUUUGGUCGAUCUGGCCAGCUGACAUCACACCAGAGAACACAC